AUGCGCAAGGAGAUUGCGCAAUUUCUUCAGGCUGGUCAAGAAGCAAUAGCUCGAAUUCGGGUGGAACAUGUAAUAAGGGAACAAAAUAUAUGGGCUGCUUAUGAGAUAUUGGAGCUGUUCUGCGAGUUUUUACUUGCGCGUGUUCCGAUUCUUGAAAGUCAGAGAUUUUACAUGGAGAAAUAUGGUGAUAAUCACCUUAGCCUUGCUAUGACUAAGUACAUUCAAUUUGAUCCAGAUGCUAAGGAAUGUCCAGCUGAAUUGAGAGAGGCUAUUGCAAGCAUAAUUUUUGCCGCUCCAAGAUGUUCAGAAGUGCCAGAUUUGUUGCAGAUCAAGAAUUUGUUUGCUGCAAAAUAUGGAAAGGAAUUCAGCAUGGCUGCAUCUGAGCUCCGUCCUGAUUCUGGUGUCAACCGUGCAAUUAUUGAAAGGCUUUCAGUUAGUGCUCCAUCAGCAGAGACAAGGCUCAAGGUAUUGAAGGAAAUUGCACAAGAGUACAGUCUUGAAUGGGACUCCUCUAUAACAGAGGCAGAACUAGGGAAAAAGCAUGAAGAUUUGCUGGGUGGAUCAAAGCAAAUUGGGGUUGAAGCCACACUUCCCCAAGCUCCCACCAAACAGAGCUCUCCUCUAUUUCUGCCUUCCAAUGGAGCCCAUCCUACCAUAAAUAUGGAUAACAAACAAGGAUUUCAUCGUCUUCAAGCUUCUGGCACUGUGAGCAAUAUGCUCCAGGUCAAUUCUAAUGAAAUUGAACAAUCAAUCAAGAAUCACAAUGCUGGACCAUUGACUGAUGGUAAAAGGGAGACAACAUCACAAUCAUCUGAUGUUUUGGAGAGAGCUCGUGCUGCCAUUGCUUCAGCAGAGCAUGCAACUAUUGCUGCCCAUACAGCUGCUGAGCUUGUAAAUGUUAAAUUUGGUUCCUUUAAGUUAGGCGAAGGUAAGUCAUAG